AUGGCGGAUCCUAACACAUAUGAUUUCUGGAAGCUAUCUACAGAACCAUCAAAAACCAGCCACAAACCAAAAUCAUCCUCCAGUUCCAGAAUGUUCUCAUGCCUCUACUGCACUCGUAAGUUCUGCACUUCUCAAGCUUUGGGAGGUCACCAAAAUGCUCACAAGAGAGAAAGAGCGGCCAACAGAAGAACAUUCACCGCCAGCGGUCUACUCCUCCAGAAUGAAAUACCAUCACCACCUUUCUCUUACUGGCUCCAUCCACUUUCUCCUAUUCACUAUGCCUACGGUGGCGGCUCCACCUCAGCUCCUCUAGGUGUUUUUGGCGGUGGAUCAUUUACUCCAGACCCAUUUUCUCCUAACAAUGAUUCGACAGACAACGUAGACCUCGACCUAACGCUACGUUUAUAA